UUCCAGAAGAAAUUCUCACUUUUCAUAUCCGCUAACAUGGCUCAGUCGAUUCGGGAAUUUUUCGCGAAAUUUGUCGACUUUCAACCACUGAACAAAGAAAGAUCGGAAAAAGUGUUUGCUGGAAUUUGUCGCGGCCAUUCUCCGCAUCCUGUUGCCGCAAAAGUGGAGAAACAAUCCGGAAAGCGAAAGAAUUCAAAGAAGGAUGAGGUGGGUGAUGGGCAGUCGUUGUAUCUUUGA